GGGGCCGCUGUGGCGCAGCCGCGCCGGCCUGCGUCGUCGGGGCCGCGGAUCGCCGGUCCCUCUUGAGCACGGCCUUGCCGGUUUGGCGGGGUGAAAGGUUGGGAAGAUGGCGACGGCCUUGAGCGAGGAGGAGCUGGACAAUGAAGACUAUUACUCGUUGCUGAACGUGCGCAGGGAGGCCUCUUCUGAAGAGCUGAAAGCUGCCUACCGGAGGCUGUGUAUGCUUUACCAUCCCGACAAGCACAGAGACCCAGAGCUCAAAUCACAGGCAGAACGACUGUUUAACCUUGUUCACCAGGCUUAUGAAGUGCUUAGUGACCCCCAAACCAGGGCCAUCUAUGAUAUAUAUGGAAAGAGAGGACUGGAAAUGGAAGGAUGGGAGGUUGUGGAAAGGAGGAGAACACCAGCUGAAAUUAGAGAAGAGUUUGAACGGUUGCAGAGGGAGAGGGAAGAGAGACGACUGCAGCAGCGAACCAAUCCCAAGGGGACCAUCAGCGUUGGCAUUGAUGCCACUGACCUUUUUGAUCGCUAUGAGGAGGAGUACGAAGAUGUGUCCGGAAGUGGCUUUCCGCAGAUAGAAAUUAACAAGAUGCACAUAUCCCAGUCUAUUGAGGCACCCUUGACAGCUACAGACACAGCCAUCCUCUCUGGAAGCCUCUCAACGCAGAAUGGGAAUGGAGGGGGUUCCAUUAACUUUGCACUCAGACGAGUCACUUCUGCAAAGGGAUGGGGAGAGUUAGAAUUUGGAGCUGGGGAUCUGCAGGGGCCUUUAUUUGGUCUAAAGCUGUUCCGUAAUCUCACACCAAGAUGCUUUGUGACGACAAACUGUGCUCUGCAGUUUUCGUCCCGUGGAAUCCGGCCUGGCCUUACCACUGUCCUAGCUCGGAACCUGGACAAGAACACUGUGGGCUACUUGCAAUGGCGGUGGGGUAUCCAGUCGGCCAUGAACACUAGCAUCGUCCGGGACACCAAAACCAGCCACUUCACUGUGGCCCUUCAGCUUGGAAUUCCUCACUCCUUUGCACUGAUCAGCUAUCAGCACAAAUUCCAGGAUGAUGAUCAGACUCGUGUGAAAGGAUCCCUUAAGGCAGGCUUCUUCGGGACGGUGGUGGAGUACGGGGCAGAGAGAAAAAUCUCCAGGCACAGCAUUCUAGGUGCAGCCGUCAGCGUUGGAGUCCCACAGGGCGUUUCUCUCAAAGUCAAGUUAAACAGGGCCAGUCAGACUUACUUCUUCCCUAUUCAUCUGACGGAUCAGCUUCUUCCCAGCGCUGUGUUCUAUGCCACUGUGGGGCCUCUCGUGGUCUACUUUGCUAUGCACCGUCUGAUCAUCAAACCAUACCUCAGGGCUCAGAAAGAGAAGGAAUUGGAGAAGCAAAGGGAAAGCACGGCCACCGACAUUCUGCAGAAGAAACAAGAGGCAGAGGCCGCUGUUCGAUUGAUGCAGGAAUCUGUGCGAAGAAUAAUCGAGGCAGAAGAGUCCAGAAUGGGGCUCAUCAUCGUCAACGCCUGGUACGGGAAGUUUGUCAACGACAAGAGCAAGAAGAGCGAGAAGGUGAAGGUGAUUGAUGUGACUGUGCCCCUCCAGUGCCUGGUGAAGGACUCAAAGCUCAUCCUCACAGAGGCCUCUAAGGCUGGGCUGCCUGGGUUCUAUGACCCGUGUGUGGGUGAAGAGAAGAACCUGAAGGUGCUGUACCAGUUCCGGGGGGUCCUGCAUCAGGUGAUGGCACUGGACAGUGAGGCGCUGAGGAUACCAAAGCAGUCUCACAGGAUUGAUACAGAUGGAUAAACUACUUGAGAAACCAGAUUAAAAAGAGGCUACAAAUAAUCUUUUCCUGGGAGUCUACAAAUUUGGAAGCAGGG